UGAUAGAUAGCGCUAAUAAAUUUUUCACGUUUUGCAAAUUGAAACAGAAUAAAUCCCUCAAUAAAUCCACAAGAACUGUAUAAAGAUUCAUUCGCAGAACAGAAAUGGGAACGGUUCAUGCAAAGGAUAUGGGUCCUGUUGAGAGGACACGAAAUGAAGGUCAGGAUGAAGACUUUGGACUGGAUGGCAUACCUGCGAAAGUCGUGAAUGUCCACAUCGAUGGUCUGGGAAGGACGAAGGAUGACUUGGUCAUGCAUGAGGUCCGAGAUGUCUUCAAGGCAAGCAGUUUCAAAGAGAUGGUCAAAAUGGCCCACGAUGCCAAAUUGCGGUUGGAGAGGCUCGGCAUCUUUAAGAACGUGGGAAUAUUCAUCGACACGAGCAAAGGGGCCAAUGCGAGGAAAGACGGCUAUGACAUCACAUUUGAGGUGAACGAGAUGAGACGUGUAGUUGGCGGUGUCAAUACUUUGGUUGGCAAUAAUGAUGCAAGUUUGCUGUUCAAUCUACGAGCCCCUAACACGUUUGGCCGAGCUGAGAAGUUUGUCCUGGAGUAUAGCCAUGGCACCAAACACAGCAGCGGUUUCAAUGUUAACUUCACAAAACCAUUUGAGGCCAAUCCAGAUGCCAAAUUCACAGCUGGCGUGUAUCAGAACCAAGGUGACUAUCCAUGGUCAGGGUACAAAGAGACUGACCGAGGGGUUGGACUCGAUAUUUCGUUUCAGUCGCUAUUCGGAGCACAUGGUCUAAAAUGGGAAGGUGUCUGGCGAGAGCUCCACCCACUCACGAGAACAGCAGCGUUCGAUGUACGAGAACAAUGUGGCCAUUCUCUCAAGUCUUCCAUUUCUCACACAUAUGUUCGUGAUCGACGGGACGACCCAGUGAUACCUACCAGUGGCUCCAUGUUAAAAAUAGUUCAGGAAUAUGCCGGCCUUGGUGGAGACGUUCAAUUCAUGAAACACAACUUAGAAUUCCAGAUAAGCAAAUCACUCAUAUUUGAUACAGUUCUCCAACUCUCACUAGCAGGAGGUGUAAUGAAGUCGUUAAAUCCCAAUAAAGAUGUCGGCAUCAACGACAGGUUCUAUCUCGGUGGUCCACUGACUUUGCGAGGUUUCAACAUGAAGGGGGUGGGGCCACACACGGAUGGUUGUGCAAUGGGUGGUGAGGCUUAUGGUCUAGCUGGUCUACAUCUUUACACUCCAUUGCCAUUCCGUCCAGGCCGGGGGGGAUUUGGCGAUUUAUUUAGGACACAUUUCUUCGUAAAUGCUGGAAAUCUUACAAAUAUAGACUUCGAAAAAGAUUCACGGCAAACCUUAGAGCAUCUAUACAAAACAAUGCGGCUAUCUUACGGUGCUGGUAUUGUUCUGCGGAUGGGAAGAAUCGCCAGGAUGGAGUUGAACUAUUGUAUACCAUUUAAAGUACAAGCAGGAGAUAGUGUGAAUCAAGGAGUUCAAUUUGGAAUAGGAGUGACAUUCAUGUAGAGAUUACGAGUUAGAUGUUGGACUGAAAAACAGAAAAAUCAUGCUAUUGCCUGAGCAUUUAUACGAGUCUUUAUAUUCGCACUGGCUGCGUUUCAAUCAUGUUUUGGAAAAAUCGCUGACAGGUUGAACUAUAGGAUGGGUUUCUCAGUAAAUGUUUCCUAUCAAUCAAUCACGAUAAUCAGUGGACUGCCAUUUUGUUUCACCUACUCCAAGAUUGUUGGAGUAGAUAAAAUGUGCGUGAAAAGACCAGAUAAUAGCAAUUGAUCAACCACAAAUAAAAAAUAAAACUCACAACCUACAGACUUACAAUACUUCAGUACCAGUAUAUGUAAAUUGUCUGCAGGUUGUUGAUUGCUAAGUGUUUGAUUGAUUCUGGUAUUUUCACUCGCCUGUGAUCACCUGCUGUAACGGUAGUCUAUGUUGGCAUAGACAGUCUCCUUAAACUGCUUGGCCUGGAGAUUGAUGCAUCUGUAUCCCAUUCCUGAUAAGAAUCCAAUUCACUUGUGGAUCUCUGUCUCAAAAUACAGUUGAACCUCUGUAUUAAGGACAUCAUCUGGACUGAUCAGUGCUGUCUGUAAUACAGAGGUGUCCUGAUUAGUCAGGUCAAAUUGAAUGGAAACAAACAAAUUGGGACUAAAACUAGUCUUUAAUAGAUAGAGUGUCCUUAUAAUAGAGAGGUGUCCACUAAGGGAGGUUCCACUGUCGGUUGUUCUGUGACCUUAUGCUUUUCUUGGAACCAUGGGUGAUAUGAAUAAAGACUAGUAAAUGCUUUUAUCUAAAACUCCAUGUACAUUUACACUUGGCCUUUCUGUACAAAAUUGAAGUAAAAGCAUUUGCUAGACUUUAUUCAUAUCAGCCAUUGUUUCUUUCCAUAUGAUUGUGCUAAAAUAAUGUAAAAUUUAUUCAGAUGUACAUCUUGUAAAUAUUUACAUUUUGGGUGGAAGG